UCCCAACCCAGGGAUCAAAUCCAAGUCUUCUGCUUGGCAGAUGGAUUCUUUACCACUGAGCCACUUAGGAAAUUCUCUGUUUAUCUACACAUAUCUGAAACAUAAGCAUAGAUCAUGGUUAAGUAUAUUUUUAAGAAUAUUUUCUUUCACAUAGUUAUCAAUUCCAGUAAACUUAACAUUGAUUCAAUACUUCUAUCUAGUCUAUCAUCCAUAUUCUAAGUUUGUCACUUAACCCAAUAUUGUCCUUUAUAGAAGUUUUUAUCCUCCAGUUUAGAAUCCAGUCUAGGAUAGAAAUUCCAGUUAGCUGUUACAUCUCUUUGGUUUUCUUUUGUCUGGAACAUUUUCCCAGUCUUUCUUUGUCAUAUAUAAUGUUGACAGUUUGGGAAAGAAUUUUAAAAAUAGAAUAUUCCUCAUUUUGAGUCUGUCUGAUGUUUCCUUGUGAUUAGUUUGAGAUUGUGCAUUCCUAGAUGGAAUACUAUGUAAGGGACUUUGUGUCUUUUACAGAGCAUCACACUGGUGAUGUUAAUUAUGAUCACUUGCUAAGAGUGCAUCUGAUAUCUAAUGUAUUAUCAUCAUCUCAUGACACUUUCAAAAAACAUUUAUCCUAGCUCUGUUGAUAGACAGGGUCUAGGCCAUAAUAUUAUAGGAGCAAUAACCAUCCCUACUGCCCAAACUUAAGUUUCUAAAUGCCAUUCCCCACUAUAAGGUACCAGGAAUUCUUGGAGAAAUAGCUGCUCCCAGGUCUAGAGUAGGGAACUUACACACUAAGUUUUACAAGUGGUGUUUUACUGUUACACACAUUUUGGCAAGGAAGUUUUCAAAAUCUAAGCAAGUCAUGUCAGAGACCCUGGAGCCAGCUUGAAAGGGAUCUUAUUAGCCAAAGAUAGGAUAAUUUAAGCAUCAUAAAGAAAAAUAAAUACUGUAAUUUGGACUGCUCCUCACUGAAUAUAUGAAAAUCUAUGAAUCCAUAAUAAUACUCCUCAAAGGAUAAGGUAUGCUGGGUUUUUAUGCUCCAGUGUGGUUUUGUACCUAUCUGAACAGUUUAGCAUACUCUGCUUCACCUAUUGGAACUCAACUUUGAAGAUCCAGCUCAGGUGGUACUUCCUCUGAGAAGUCUUCCCUAAAACCUUUAUGCAGUUCAUUGUUUCUCCAUAUUUCAACAGAGCUCAUUGUACAUGCCUCUUUAAAUGCAUGUAUCAAACUGUACUGGAAUUGCUUGUUUAACUGUACUUUUCUCUCCAUAAUGUAAGUUUAUAAAUAUAGGACCUUUCUGACUUCUUUUUUUUUUUUUUUUUUUUUGGUCAUUUCCAGUACCUGACACCUACUAAUAGAAAGUUUUAUAUAUUUUAAUAAUAUUAUGUGUUGUAAAUGAAUGAAUCAAUUUCAAUACUAUCCCCUGUUUUUGUUUUUUUCUUCAUCACACAAUACAGAUUUGUCUUUAUUUUAGAAAAUAAUUGAAUGCAGUUAAAAUCUGGCUAUUUUGGCCAACAUGCCAAAUUUUUGUUAUAAUGGAUUUUUAAGAAAAAUUUCACCUAUUUAUUAGCUAUUACUUUCACACUCAGUAGAUUAGAAAUACGUCACCACAAUCUUUUCCUGAUUCUUAUUCUUAGGCUAUAGCCUCCUGUGGUAUUUUUAUUUAUCCCGCUGUUUUCUCCCCCUAGAGAUUUGUCUGCACACAGAAGACUACUGAUAAUGUAGAGUGCAUGCUAAGUCACUUCAGUAAUGUCAAACUCUUUGUGACCUCAUGAACUGUAGCCCGCCAAGCUCCUCUGUCCAUGAGGUUCUCCAGGCAAGGAUACUGGAGUGGGCAGCCAUGCUCUCCUGCAGGAGAUCUUCCCGACCCAGGGAUGGAACCCACGUCUCUUAACCUGAUGCAUUGGCAGAUGGGUUCUUUACCACUAGUGCCAUAUGGAAAACCCGAUAAUGUAGAGUGGGAAGUGUUAAAGUCAAAUAUAGUUGCUGUGUGAGGGCUUCUCAUUUUGAUGGCUUCUCUUGUUGCAGAACAUGGGCUAUUGAGGGCAGGGACUUCAGUAGCUACCCCCUGGCAUGUGGGAUCCUAGUUUCCAAACCAGGGAUUGAACCCGAAUCCCCUGCAUUGGCAAGCAGAUUCUUAACCACUGGGACCAUUAGGCAGUCCCUCAUCUUUUCCUAAAAUAAUAAUUGUAAUAGAUCUUUGCUCCAACAUCUGUAACACAGCAGUAGUAACCUAUGUAGCAUUUUCCAUUAAGUUGCCUGUACUAAACUUCCAGUCUCUGUCUGUGUGUGGAAUCUUUCAUGCACAUAUGCAUACAUCCAGCCUAAAGUUUUUGUGAACUUUAAAGCAUUAAUGAUUUAGUCGAUAGAGGUAAUACAAAUCAUCUGUCAAAGACAUAUGCAAAGGCACUAAAAUGCUUCGGGAAAGCUGUCUCUCAUGCAAAGUCAAUUUAGGCCACGGGUAAAUGAGUGUGAAUAGGCGCGGUCAGUGAAGCCAUUUAAUAUGAGUCUGUGUUUGGGAGGAAUCUCCCGGCUCCCUCGUGGAGCUGGACAGAGGCCCUGAGGCCAGAAGUGAAAAAGGUGAGAGCCGGCAGGCCUCAGCAGGGUGAGCAGUGCAGUGCCGCGAGGUAGGAGGAGCCGGUCGCUGGCCGCGGUGCUGAACACGCUUGUGAGCUGCCCCCGGGUUGGCCCGCCGGAAGAGGCCCGGCGGGUUAGUGAGUAAGAGGGCAGCCUCCAAUUUCGCUCCUUAGUUUGCGGAUUCCUGGCUCCGAGCAGAGGACACAGUGACUGCGUCCAGAGACAGUCACCUGGAGAGCGUAGAGGCAGCCUCCGACCCAUACCCACGGAGCGCAGCUCCUACCCCUCAAUAGCAAUAACAGCAACGCUGCUGCCUAUAUUUAGGUACUGAGCUACAACUUUGUCCCCAACACUCUUGACAUCCAUUCUCAGUGGUUUUCACAACAUCCUCGAAAUGUGAAGCAAAAAGGUUGAUGAUUUACCUAAAGGCUGAUCUUUCUUAUCCAUGCCUCAGAAAAUGUUUACUGAUCACCCUCAACGUACCAACCUUACAGCCUCUGCUACGCCCCCUUUACCAGCUCCCCCCACCUCUGCCACGCUAGCACGCCCCUUAGCUUUUCCUCCUCCUCCGAGGUUUGCUGCAGCAAAAGUAAUCUCCUACACAGCAUAUGCCCUACCACCGCCCAGUUGGGAGACUGUACAAAGGACUGGAAUUCACAACAAUUUAUUCACACAUCUUGCUCCUUCGUUCUCAGAAGUCCAUCAGAUGGGAUAUUCAAAUCUAGUACCUGAGUCCCCCGCUCGCUGUGCGACCUUGGACAAGUGGCCGCACCUCUCUAAGCCUGCUUCUCCUCGCGAAGACGAUGUAUCCUCCCUGAGAGCCCGCGCGCGCUCCUCCCUCGCACUCUUUUGCGCCUAAGGAGACCUUCUCCCGGACCAGCCGGAUCCAGCCUCUCAGCGCAGUCGCGUCCCUGAACCAGUUAAGCAGAACCGGCAGCAUGUGGAAUGCGACACGGAGCGAGGAGCCGGGGCCCAACCUCACGCUGCAGGACCUGGGCUGGGACGCUCUCCCCGACAACGACUCGCUGACUGACGAGCUGCCACCCCUCUUCCCCGCGCCGCUGCUGGCGGGCGUCACAGCCACCUGCGUGGCGCUCUUCGUGGUGGGCAUCGCGGGAAACCUGCUCACCAUGCUGGUGGUGUCGCGUUUCCGCGAGCUGCGUACCACCACCAACCUCUACCUGUCCAGCAUGGCCUUCUCCGACUUACUCAUCUUCCUCUGCAUGCCCCUCGACCUCGUGCGCCUCUGGCAUUACCGGCCCUGGAACUUGGGCGACCUGCUCUGCAAACUCUUCCAGUUUGUCAGUGAGAGCUGCACCUACGCUACGGUGCUCACCAUCACCGCGCUGAGCGUCGAGCGCUACUUCGCCAUCUGCUUCCCGCUGCGGGCCAAGGUGGUGAUCACCAAGGGCCGGGUGAAGCUCGUCAUCCUGGUCAUCUGGGCCGUGGCUUUCUGCAGCGCCUGGCCCAUCUUCGUGCUGGUCGGAGUGGAGCAUGAGAAUGGCACCGACCCUCGGGACACCAACGAGUGCCGAGCGACCGAGUUCGCCGUGCGCUCCGGACUGCUCACCGUCAUGGUGUGGGUGUCCAGCGUCUUCUUCUUCCUGCCUGUUUUCUGCCUCACAGUGCUCUACAGCCUCAUCGGCAGGAAGUUGUGGAGGAGGAGACGCGGCGAGGCGGCGGUAGGCGCCUCGUUCAGAGACCAGAACCACAAACAGACCGUGAAGAUGCUGGCUGUAGUGGUUUUUGCUUUCAUCCUCUGCUGGCUGCCCUUCCACGUAGGACGAUAUUUAUUUUCCAAAUCCUUCGAGCCUGGCUCUGUGGAGAUCGCUCAGAUCAGCCAAUACUGCAACCUCGUCUCUUUCGUCCUCUUCUACCUCAGUGCCGCCAUCAACCCUAUUCUCUACAACAUCAUGUCCAAGAAGUACCGGGUGGCAGUGUUCAAACUUCUGGGAUUUGAACCCUUCUCCCAGAGGAAGCUCUCCACUCUAAAGGAUGAAAGUUCUCGGGCCUGGACAGAAUCUAGUAUUAAUACAUGAUCAAGCACAUUGCUCAGUAAAGUCAACGUUCAUUGUUCUAUACCAGAAGCCAUAGCACAGCAGAACUUGGGAGGAAGUUUGAAGGUUAAUUUUGGAAUUAGGGACACACAGGUCUGAAGACAAUUGGGAGCAAGAAAAGAUAGACUUUGUAGUGUGUGAGCAGUUUGAUUUGAUUGCACACUCAUCAGUGCUAUCAUACACGAUUUCUGCAUAUUUCACUGCCUAUCAUUUUUGCAUUGUGCUGUUGGUGCUAUCAAGGGCUUUCCAGUUCAGAGAAGGGAGGUAGUGUAGAGAGGGCAAUUAGGUCACUUUUUACUCGACAAAUUCUAACUCUAAUUUCUUUUUCAUAAUGAUAAUUUUUUAGUAAAAUAAUAAAAAACUUAAAACAUGACUUUCAGAAGCUAGCAAUUUUCAUGGAGUCCCAGAUCAGUGCUGUCCAAGAGAAAUAUAAUGCAAAAUACUUAAGAAAUCAAUAUAAAAUUGUUAAUAGAAUGUUAUGCUUUUUAUGUUAAAGUCUUUAAAAUCUGGUUUCUUUUUUAAAUUUUAAGUUCACCUUAAUUUGGACAUUGGGUGUUCAUCAGUAAUACUUGAUUUAUUGCAAUUUCAUAAAUUUUCCAGAAGAAAAAGUAGAUUCAUUAACCUAAGUUGUCUAAACAUACUUAAAAUUUCUCUAAUAACUAAAACAACUAUAAGUUCUUAACUUGAAAAUUAAUUGAAAUUAGAAAUUCAGUUCUUCAAGUUGCAAUAGUCACAUUUCAAGUGUUUCAAUAGCCAAAUGUGGCUAAUGGCUACCAUACUGGACAAUGCAGCUCUAGAGUAUAUGGAAAAUUAUUGUUAAUCUCAUAAAAAUGCUAAAAAUAAAUACUCAGUUCCUGAAAUGUUUUUAUAGUGAAAUUAGCAUAGGAGAGUGUUAGAGUGAUAAAUUCUAAGGAUUAUACCUGAAUGCCCUGUAAUUUCUGCUUGGGAGAAAAUGGAUAUGAACUAUAAUAUGCAUGCAUUUUUAAUCAAGUUGGGUUGCACGUGUUAGUAAUCAGGAAAUGAGACUUUUUAAAAACUGUAGAAAAUCACAAAUUACCUUAUUUGGCUUAACAAAAAUACUUAAGCCAAUCAUAAGCCUUUGAUUUGUAAAUAAAGAAUAAUUUACAACUUACUCUGGAAAGUUUACAGAAACUUAGUAAACAUAGUAAUUUUUCAAAUGGUGAAAAAUUCACAGUCCCUUCAAUGCUACUGUUGAUUGAUAUUUAACACUUAAAAAAACCCUUAUGACCAUUGUGCUCCUUACAUCCCACUGCUUAUCUAAUAGAUAUGUUUACUUAGAUUUCCAGUAUUCCUCUUAACCAUAAUUAUGAAUGAUUAGACACUGUCAACUAAAUAUAAUAUACAUUGGUUAUAAAUCUAAAACUUUCAUUUAUAUUCCUAUUAGUCCUCUUAUAGUCAACUCUUUUAUAUUAAAUAUAAUAUUCCAAAAAUGAUUUUUUCAUAGUUCUCUGUAAUACUAAGUCAUAUAAGCAAUUCCUUCAUGAAGUUAUUGGUUCAGUAUGGAACUGAUUGAACUAAUUAGGGAAAUUAUUUCCAUGACUGGUUUUCCCCACCCAAAGUAUAGAUUAUUAUGCCAAAAUAAUCAAUUAACUAUUUUUUAAAAUGAAAACAUAAUCAUAAUUAGAAUAAUUUCCCCAGAGAAAUAUUUCUAAAGUUAUUUUUGACACUAAAACUGUUUUAUCAAUAUAGUCUAAAUGCAGAACUUCAGCAAAUUGAUUACUCAGUUAAUUCUUUGGAGUAUAUCUUUUUUUUUUAAAUACUGAAUCAUUUAAGCCCAUUGAAUACUAAUUAGGUCAUUCAACAUUAUUAUUCUAAAUAGGUCCCAGUAAAUCUCAAAGAGGUAAUUCAAUUCCCUGAAACUUUAUUGUUUCUUUCUACAAAUAUAUCCUAUUUGAGAGGAAACAAGCAAAAAAAGGCUUGACUUGAUCACAUAGUUGAUUGCUUUGGAGAAAAACAACCCGACUUUUAAUUAUUCGGUGCACCCCACUCUCCACCCCCCACUUUCUUGUAGGUUCAUGUCCAUAGUCUAAGUACAACUCACAGGGAAUAAUUUCCAUAGCAGGGACCACUAUUGUCCUUCAUUAGAACUCAGAGAAUAGUUUUAAAGAAAGGAAUUGUUAAUUGUGCUCUUAUAUGAUUGCCUUUUUAUUUUUGUAGCUUCUUUGUUUCAUCAUGGUCCAUAAAUUAUCUCAGACUCAGGGAAAAGAGGAACUUACAUGAGGAAAAAUGUUCCUAAAAGUCCCUCAGUUCACAUUUAGUAUGUGCCUGGUAUGUUCUAAGUGCUAGAGAUUCAUGAGUUAAGUAUUUUUAUCCUUAAUGAGUUCAUGACCACUUGUGAGUUGUGUUAUAGCAGGUAACUAAUAUAUUUAAAUUAUAAAGUAAACAUCUUCAGUUGAUGCUGUGCUGUGCACCUCCCUCUAUUGUGUAUUUGGCUCAAAAUAAAUUCAGAACAGGCUGCUAGUACACAAACUAGUCAAAUUUGUAGAUGUAGUUAUUGUCUGCCAGUGCAUUCUUUUUCAAUGUAAAAAAAGUAAAGAAAUUGGUUUCGAUUAUAA